GCGGAACAAAUCGUGUUUCCGGGACGGAUCGGGGAGCGACAGGUGGAACGCAAAAACAAAACAAAGAGCUUUUCCCCGAAUCACAUCAGUGUCAAACUGACAAGGAUACGUUACCAUGACUGACACCAUCACUCUGCUCACAUUCAGCCUUUUUUUCCUUCUUCAGAACGAGUAUUCGCACGGUGUCUUCACUGUGAGUGCCCCUCUGGACCAUACGCUGAAUGAAGACGGAUCGGUCACUGUCACAUGUGAGCACGAUGAACACAAAGACGGGGAAUGGGAUGCCAAGCUGAAAAUGAAUGGGAAAGAAGUUGUCUGCGAGGUUUCUCUCGAAAAUAAUAUGAAUUCAAAAUGCAAUUGGAAGCGCGAGGGAAACAACACAUUCAAGUUCACCUUGAAACACCUGGAGGCUAGACACAAAGACAAACUGUUUUUUUGUGAGAUAUCGAAAGUAAGACCAAUACCAAUCUUAACUAGAAAAGGAAAGGAGACCAAGCUUUUCCAAGGAAGCAAUAUUCCUUUUCCUCCACCGGGGAGAACGUGUUCAUGCCCUACCCCAACAUCUGGACUAAAGAGUUGCCCGCCACAAAUCUCACCUGGAAAUACAUACGAGCUUUUAAUCGGUGUAAUGAUUAUCGGGGUGGUGCUCCUCUUGCUCUAUAGUGCGAUUAUCACCGGUGUCUACAUCAGACUGAGGGUCACAAAAGUUGAGUCUUCUGACAAUCCAACGUAUAUGCCGAUGAAGAGGAAAGUAAAACAGCAGGAUGCAGACAACACAGAAUAUGAAGACAUGCGUAAAGUGCAGAAGCAAGGACACAACAGAGAUAUUAACUUAAACUGCUGAAAACACCAACUUUAGUUUACUCUGGUUUAUGACGGUUUAGCUGGCUGACUAAGAAACUCCUAAUAGAAACUCUGUAUGUAAGAGGCACGAGACAACUGAGGACCAGCAUCCAAGACACAAUGGUGGAUAUGUAGAGACCCGUUCAGUCUGUAUGGAAACAUAUAUUUAGUCAAACCAAGAACAUUGCAGGACAACAUUAUAGACUCUAUAUUGAUUGCCUAUAUUGCUGGACCCGAUUCACCUGAUCAAAAAACACAAACCCAUGAUCUUAUAGCUUAUGUUGUUACAUAAUUUUGUAUAACCUCUAUGUAUUAUUUCAAUUCUUUGGCAAUCUCAAGCUGAAAGUAUAUAAAAAAAUUAGUUUUCCCUUUUACUGGUCCCAUGGAUCAAUAGCGUUUAUCAAAAUGAUGUAAGGAAUGUUUAACCUUUGUAUUAUUUUAAAUAUAUAAUAUCGUAAGA